AUGGACAUUGAAGAUGAAAGGGACGAGGAAUUGUCGACCAUCUCGGCCAUUUACCCCGAACUAAUCGUCGACGCAAAUGACACCUUCGCCGCCUCGUUACAUCUCCCUGUCAACCCCUCGAAUCCUCUCGCUUUGUGUUUUCCCUCAGCGCCACCGCCCUCCCCACCCGACUCGGAGAACGGCCACUUCAAAUCCUCCUCCCUCGUUCACCACCUUGAUGAGGUGCAUCGCCUCGAACACCUCCCACCUCUCCAGCUGAGGCUCUCCCUUCCUGAAGGCUACCCUGCCGAGAAACCGCCAAAGAUCGCCCUGUCCACCACGCCACAAUGGCUUCCCGAUGACAAGCUGAAAGAGCUGGAGAGUGAAUGCGAGAAGCUAUGGGAAGAGUACGGUCGCUGUCAGAUCCUCUUCUCCUACAUCGACUUUUUACAACAACAAGCCGAGCAAGCCUUCGACCUACAAGCCACCGGUCUCGACUUGUCACCUUCAUUGAAGCCUGCUUUGCUCGACUAUGACGCUCACACCAAGAAGGCUGUGUUCGACACUGGUACCUUUGAUUGCGGCAUCUGCCUAGAGCCCAAAAAGGGCUCUUCUUGUUAUCGCAUGCGUUGCUGUGGUCACGUCUUCUGUCAAACCUGCUUGCAAGACUUCUACAACAACUGCAUCACCGAGGGUGACGUCGGCAGAGUGCAAUGCUUGGAUCCCACAUGUGGCAAGAAUGCGCCUCGUGCGCCUGUUGCGCAGCAGAAAAGACGGAAGGAAAAGACAUUACACCCCAGAGAGCUACUCGAAAUGGGCCUUGAAGAGCCCAUGGUACGUCGCUUUGUCGAUAUGAAGCGCAAGAAGAAGCAGGAAGCCGACAAGACAACCGUCUACUGCCCGCGCACCUGGUGCCAGGGUCCUGCUCGUAGCACAAAAUACCCACCUCUACCACAGGAUCUGACAUUAUACCCGGAGUCAUCGAGUGAAGACGAAGACAAUGACGACACAGUUACAGAGAAGAAGGGCCACUCUCCCUCUGACCGGUUGGCUAUUUGCAGCAAGUGCACCUUUGCCUUUUGCAAAACUUGCUAUGCAGGUUGGCAUGGCGAUUUCGCACGUUGCUGGCCUCGUAACCCAUCAGAGUUGUCAGAGGAGGAGAAGGCCAGCUACGACUAUAUACGCACGCAUACCUCGCCAUGCCCCACCUGUAGCAGUCCUACGCAGAAGACUAUGGGUUGUAAUCACAUGCGCUGCGUCCAAUGCGCCACCCACUUUUGCUAUCUGUGCGGCGCAUGGCUGUGCCCCGACAACCCGUACCAACACUUCAACAAGUCAGGCACAGAGUGUUACCAGAAGUUGUGGGAGUUGGAAGAGGGCGACGAAGGUCAGGAGGCCGCUUUUGUUGGUGCGCGGCGUUGGGAGCAAGAGGCUCUAGCAGUGGCCCAGGCCGCAGACAGAGAAGAAGCAGAGGCCUUGCAACGGCAAGAAGAUGAAGCUGCAGCAAGAGAGCUUGCACAACAGCUCGAUGCUCAGGACAAUGCCGCCGCCGUUGUCCAGCCCGCUCAAGACAACAUUGUUCAACCUGUAGCAGAGGCUGCACCGCAACCGGCCCGUAGGGGUGGAGGGAGACGCGCACGAGGUGGAAGGGUAGCCGCUUUAGACGGCAGAAGAGCAGGUCCCGCAGCUCAACAGCAGCAAGUUCCCCCAAACCAACAACAGAUGGACGCAGCAGCUGCUGCUGCAUUCAGACGCUUCGUCGAGUUGGCUGUUCGUGACGAGGAAGAUGGAUGGGAUUCUGAUGAGUUGGAGGACGACCAAGAUGAACGCUGGGUUAUCCCAGUCAGGCAAUGA